CAACAGCAGCCAGGACCACGCAGCUUGUCUUCCUUACUGGAUCUACAAAGCCACGUACAAGCAGCAAUAGGUCUAUGCAGAUCUUUUCUGCCACAUGAAGGAUUAUUUAUUCUAAGCACUGGGAGUUUUGUUCGGUUACAAUAGUUACUUGUACCAAGAGGAAGCUUAUCUGUGACAAGAGAUUCAGCAGCAGUGGAUAAAGUCCUAACCUGGAUUGUGCUGCUCACAUUUCCUUGUAUCCUGGCUGGGUGUGCUUCAGGUGAGCCCCCUCUGCUAUAAAUGUCUGAAAGCAGCCGGACCUACUUCUCAUUUUGUAUUAUUUAACCCUUUUGUAGUAGUACUUAAUUAAUGGGACUGGAUGUUUUAGUGGAAGGAACAUAAGAAAGUUUCACUGCUCUGCUGGAUGUGCCUCAGGACAAGAGACUCCAAGUUCCCAUUUCUCUGCAGUUACCCACCUGGAUGGAACUAAAUGAGGACGCCUGGUCUGAUGUCAAGAGAUUAAAUUCAGGAAGUUCUUUCUAUUCCGCCAAGAGCAGAGGGCCUGACAGUAAUUCAUCUUCGCCAUCUUCUUGCUCUCAAGGCGACAGGAGUUCCACAAAAAGCCACCAACUUGACCCCGAGAGGAGCCAAAAUUUAAGUGGAGGAAGGUCACCAUCUUACCCUCAUUUUGGACUCUCUCAUCUUCAAACUAUCCCGAGCUCGGAAGAUAUUAUUCUCUUUAGGGAUUUAGAUCACAUCAACAAGCUCAUCAUACCCAACAGGGACACUAGAUUUAGUUCUUUUGCAGAGCCCACAGGGGAUAUGUAUCAAACUUUGACUAUCACUUCGGCCCAAGGGCCAGUCAGCUAUGAUGGAUCACCGAGUAGCUUCAUGCACUCCGCUGCCAGCUCCCCAGUUUAUGUUCCCACCACAAGGGUUGGUUCAAUGCUGACAAGUAUCUCAUAUCUGCAGCCGGGGAGUGGGGCUUCUCAGGGAACCCAUUCUGUGAACAGUCAUUCGGUGUGGUCUCAACCCACCUCCGAGAGCUCCUCAUACAACAGCAGCAGUCCACAUACGUCCAGCAGAUACCAUUACUCCCCAAGUCCGCCUAUGACAAAUGGGACCACCAGGGACGGUGGCUACUGUACUAGCAUCAAUGUGAAUGGCAGAGAUCAAUAUAACUCUUUAGCCAGGUCUCUUAAUGGAUCUUACCCAAGUCCUUACACAUCUUAUAUGGGACCACAGCUAACGCCAGCCUGGACUACAGGACCCUUUGAUAACUCAAUGCUGCAAAGUAUGCAGAGAGGGGGUACACCUAUACAAAUGAGAGGAGCUCCUGGAGAUGUGCUAGAUGAGCUGGCAGAGAGCAGGGAAUGCGUGAACUGUGGAUCUGUGCAGACCCCCCUGUGGAGACGGGAUGGUACUGGUCACUACUUGUGCAAUGCUUGUGGUCUCUACAGCAAGAUGAAUGGACUGAGCCGGCCGCUUAUCAAGCCACAGAAGAGAGUGCCAUCCUCAAGACGAAUUGGAUUGUCCUGUGCUAAUUGUCACACAAGUACUACUACGCUAUGGCGCCGAAAUACAGAAGGGGAACCUGUAUGCAAUGCCUGUGGGCUGUACAUGAAACUCCAUGGGGUACCUCGUCCACUUGCUAUGAAAAAGGAAGGAAUUCAAACCAGAAAGAGGAAACCAAAGACUGCUAGCAAAUCAAAGUCCUUGUCUAGUAAUGGUAGCAACAGCCACCAGGUCUCAAUGACUCCAACUUCAACAACAUCAUCUACAAACUCAGACGACUGUGUAAAAAAAGGUUCUCCUAGCAACAAUCAGAGCUCAGCACCUGUGAUUGGUUCAUCUUUGAUGUCCAGUCAGCAGAGUGACAGCACCAGCCCAGAUAGCAAUGCACUAAAGUAUACAGGUCAAGACGGGAUGUACUCAGUCAGCCUGAGUUCUGCUGCGGACGUGGGAAACUCUGUCAGGCAGGAUUCCUGGUGUGCCUUAGCUUUAGCUUGACAAUCAAUAUAACAGAUUUGGAACAAGUCUUCUCCCUUCAGUUCUGGAUGUCAUUUUUGCAGUUUAGUUCCUCAACAACAAAUUCUGGCUGAACAUUUGCUGGAAUAUUUGACUUAAGUGCAUUGGUUGGGGUGGAGAUUUUGUGAGAGACAUAAUACUUAGCUCCUUAUCUAUGCAAAAGGAAUGACACAGAGAAAUACAAAUCUUCCAUUAUCACACAGAAAGAAAACACAAUAAAAUGGACUACUUUGUGUGAAUGGACAUUAUAACUUUUGUUGUUUGAAGUUUGCCUGUAUAGUUCAUUGUGCAUUUUGUUGAUUCUGGGAAAGACUUUUGGAACGCUUUUUCAUGUUUUUUUUUAUUUUUCUGGAAGGUUCCCAGGUGACUUAUUUUCUCCCAACUGCCUAAAGUGCUACAUUUUGCUGCGUCCAUUAUUCUUCACUUCUACAUUCUACGCACCUUCACUCCUGUCCCUAUAGAAAAAGCAAGAUAUCUGCUAUGUUGAAUUAUAAACACAAACUUUAAAGCUGAAUAAUGUUGCACUAUGAUUAAAAUGGUGUAUUGUAGAAUUAGAAUAUGGGAAUGUUAAAUUUUGAUAAAUUAGCCACCAGUUGUUAAAGUUGGGGAACACGCAAGUUAAAGGGACACUGAACCCAUAUUUUUUCUUUAAUGCUUCAGAUAGAGCAUGCAAUAUUAAGCAACUUUCUAAUUUACUCCUAUUAUCAAUUUUUCAUUGUUUUCUUGCUAUCUUUAUUUAAAAAGCAGGAAUGUGAUGCAAAGGAGCCGGCCCAUUUUUGGUUGAGACCCUGGGUUAUGCUUGCUUAUUGGUGGGUAAAUGUCAGCCUCCAAUAAGCAAGCGCUAUCCGUGGUGCUGAACGGAAAAUGGUCUGGCUGCUAAGAUUCACAUUCAUGAUUUUCAAAUAAAGAUAGCAAGAGAAUGAUGAAAACCUGAUAAUAGGAGUUAAUUAGAAAGUUGCUUAAAAUUGCAUGCUCUAAAACUGAACGAAAAGAUUUGGGUUCAGUGUCCAUUUAAUAAAUCAUAAUAAUCUGUAAAAUACAAGGAAACUACAAACUUGGAAGGCUGGCUGGAGUUUAACAGAUCAAUAGCAUUCACAUGAUAUUUAAUUACAGUUUGUUGU